CCACACAGUCAUAAAUCUCAUUCCACAGUGGCAGCAAGAAGUCACCCAACCAAAAAACCCCACAACUUUGGGGUUCUCAAUCCCAACCCACAAUUGAAUUCCAGUGUUAUCUCUUUCAUAUCGACACAUCUCUCUCUAUUCCUCUAACCCUACUGUAUUUUCUUUCAAUUCUUUUAAUUUUUUGAGAUAUAAGCCUCAAAAGACUCAUUUUUUCCUUCAAGAAUCCAUUCAAUGGCUAUUUGGGUGUUAUCAGAAUGUGGUCUGAGACCACUCCCCAAAGUCUACCCUAAACCAAGAACUUGUACAUCAAUCUCAAGAUUAUGUCUCCCUUCUUCUACUACUACUACUACUACUAUUUUUAAUUCUAUGAUUGGUACUAGAGAAAGAAAUUGGGCUCUGAAGGUGAGUGUACCAAUUACAGUUGCACCAGUGGGUGAAGAGGAGGAGGAGAAGAGGGAGUCUGUAAAUGGGAAUGACUUUUUUGACCCUGGUUCACCACCACCAUUUAAGUUGUCUGAUAUUAGGGCAGCCAUACCCAAGCAUUGUUGGGUUAAGGACCCUUUGAAGUCAAUGAGCUAUGUGGUUAGGGAUGUGGCGGUUGUGUUUGGUUUGGCAGCUGUGGCUUCUUUUUUCAAUAGCUGGCUUCUUUGGCCUCUAUAUUGGUUUGCCCAAGGGACAAUGUUUUGGGCACUCUUUGUUCUUGGCCACGACUGUGGGCAUGGGAGCUUUUCAAAUGAUCCAAAGCUGAAUAGUUUUGUUGGACAUAUUCUCCAUUCAUCAAUUCUUGUCCCUUACCAUGGAUGGAGGAUCAGCCAUAGGACACACCACCAGAAUCACGGUCAUGUUGAAAAUGAUGAAUCUUGGCACCCUCUUCCAGAGAAGCUAUUCAGGAGUCUUGACAAUGUCACAAAGAAGUUGAGGUUCACAUUACCAUUCCCACUGCUUGCAUACCCUGUCUAUCUGUGGGGGAGAAGCCCAGGGAAGAAAGGGUCUCAUUUUCAUCCAGACAGCGAUUUGUUUGUCCCAAACGAGAAGAAAGACGUCAUCACUUCAACCGUGUGCUGGUCAGCCAUGGCUGCCAUUCUUGCUGGUUUGUCAUUUCUGAUGGGUCCCGUCGAAUUGCUCAAACUCUAUGGAGUUCCAUAUGUGCUCUUUGUUAUGUGGCUGGACCUGGUUACAUACUUACAUCACCAUGGACAUGAAGACAAACUUCCAUGGUACCGUGGGAAGGAAUGGAGUUACCUUAGGGGUGGGCUGACGACCAUUGACCGCGAUUACGGAUGGAUCAACAACAUACACCACGACAUCGGGACCCAUGUGGUUCAUCACCUUUUCCCCCAAAUCCCCCAUUACCAUUUGAUUGAAGCUACGGAGGCGGCGAAGCCAGUGCUGGGGAAGUAUUACAGGGAGCCGAAGAAAUCGCGGGCCCUACCGUGGCACUUACUCGGAGAGCUCUUCAGAAGCAUGCAGAGGGAUCACUACGUGAGUGACACUGGGGAUGUUGUGUAUUACCAAACUGAUGCAAAUCUUGUUGGAUCUCAGAAAAAAGAUUGAAAGAUCUGAGUGAAUUUGUGGCAUAGUUAUGAGUUGUGAUGCCACAAAUGGUGUAUUAUGUUGUUAUGAACAUUCAGUUCAAGAAAUGAUAAUGAUAGUU